AUGUCCCUGCUGAAGAUUACACACCAUCCUCCACUGAGGCUCCUGGGCUGCAUCCACCAGCCCCUCUUCCCUUUCAUCACUCCGUUCACCGUCCCCAGCAGAACUCUCAUCCAGAGCGGAUACCGGCGGCCGGGCAAGCCAAGAGAGGACCAGUUUCCGUGGCAGAAGAUCAAGUUUGACUUGUCAAAGGGUCUGCAAGGGAUAAAGAAUCACUUCACGCUGCUGAAGAAUGAGUUCCUGGGACGCUGGGUUGGACCGGAGGGCAAGCCCAUCCUCGAACACAUGUUGGAGCAGAACAGGGUGGUAUGGGAGUUUAGAGGUCCGGAGAGCCUGCAGAAUUGGACAGUGUCCUCAGAUGAAGAGAUAGGAGGCCAAAGCCGGGUCUACCUGAAGCUUGGAAAGAACGACAACACGUGUUUUCUGUAUGGGACCCUGGGAUCGAGUCCCCCGAAGGACGGGCUAACUCGCUACAGUGGAUACUGCACAAUGCGCUCAAAGCAACUGCUGGCUUCAUUUGACAGGAAAAAGCACCACGACUGGUCCAGUUUCAACACCCUGCAUUUGCGGAUCCGUGGCGACGGCCGCCCGUGGAUGGUCAACAUCACGGCAGAGACGUACUUUUCCCACCAAAAAGACGACAUAUACAGUUAUUUCCUCUACACCAGAGGGGGGCCCUACUGGCAAGACGUAAAGAUACCUUUCUCCAAGUUCUUCCUCACACAUCGAGGGAGAAUACAGGACGACCAGCAUCCCCUCUGGCUCGACAAGAUUAACACCAUCGGCUUUACCCUGGGAGACAAAGCAGAUGGGCCGUUCCAACUUGAGAUCGAUUACAUCGGUGUCUGCAAAGACUAUGCACAUACUGAGGACUUCGCUUACGAGGUUUACAAGAGGAAUCCGGAAGUAUGA